UUUUUUAUUAAACCCACAUUCCAGAAAUACUCUAAAUUUUCUCUCUAUUUCCAUAAUUACUCAAUUCGGAAACCUAAUUAUUGUAAUAAAUUCCAGAAGAAAACCUAGGUUGAUAUGUGUGGCGGAGCUAUUAUAUCCGAUUUCGUAGCGCCGGCGAGCCGAACGUCGCGUCGGCUGACGGCGGAUUUGCUAUGGGGCAGCGGAAGCGCCGAUCUGAACAAGAGGAAGAAGAAUCCGGUUAGCUACCACUCCAAGCCGCUGAGAUCUAAGCCGAUCGUUGACUUGGACGAUGAUUUCGAAGCUGAUUUUCAGCAUUUCAAGGAUUAUUCCGACGAUGAAGGCGAGGUUAAUGUCAAAACUCCGUUCGCUUUAUCUGCUUCGGAGAACUCUGAUUUUAAGGGUAUGAAAGCUACAGAGUCUGCCGAUUCGGAUGACGAAGCUGAUAAGUCCUCGAAGAGAAAGAGGAAGAAUCAGUAUAGAGGGAUCCGACAGCGUCCAUGGGGUAAAUGGGCAGCUGAGAUUCGUGAUCCAAGUAAAGGGGUUCGAGUUUGGCUCGGUACUUUUAACACUGCUGAGGAGGCUGCAAGAGCUUAUGAUACCGAGGCUCGAAGAAUCAGGGGCAGCAAAGCAAAGGUGAAUUUCCCCGAAGAAGCUCCAGCUGCUGCCUCAAGGCGCACAGUUAAGGCGAAUUCUCGUCAAGUUCUUCCUAAGGAAAUCUCGGAGCCCAAUGUGAACGCAAAUUUGAACUUCAUGAACAUGCUAAACGACGACUGCUAUGACUCAAUGGGUUUUCUUGAAGAGAAACCCCAAAUGAAGCUAAACCCACUAACCCCAGUUGAUGGGACAAACGUUUACUUUAACUCUGAUCAGGGUAGCAAUUCUUUUGACUGCUCGGACUUUGGUUGGGGUGAAAACUGUGCAGCAAAGACACCAGAAAUAUCGUCUGUGCUAUCAGCUGUAAUCGAGGAUGAGCCAGCUCAGUUCUUGGAGGAGGAUUUUGCGGGCCCCACAAAGAAAGCGAAGGCAAAUCCGGAGGAACUUGUAACUAGUGAGGACCUGUCAGCUUUCGACUCUGAGAUGAAGCUCUUUCAGAUGCCGUAUCUUGAGGGCAAUUGGGAUACUUCCAUCGAUGCUUUCCUUAACGGAGAUGCAACUCAAGAUGGUGGGAAUGCAAUGGAUCUUUGGUCUUUUGAUGAUGUUACGUCAAUGCUUGACGGAGUCUACUGAGGAGUGCUCGUUUCUCUUGCUGGUUUUUCUGUAAAUAAGGCUACAUGUUGCUUUUGUUGCUGGUGAUCGAAGGAGGGCAAACGGUUGAGCAUGCUUAUGCCAUGGAUGUUGUUAUAUUUAGGUUCUGCUGCUUUGUUGUGGUACAUAGGUAAACUACUACUAGGUUGAAUUUGUGUGUUUUUAUUCAGACUAUUUUGAGGUUUGAUUUUGAGAACUCUCUUAUGUAUGAUUAACUACUUUGCUGCAAACUUAAAACUCUAAUGUUAUAACUAUAUGUUGUAUGUUGAGAUUUCUUUAUUAUGUGUUACAAAUAAUUGUGCCC